GUGGCCAACUUGGCUUGCUCCAUCUCCAACAAUGAAGAGGGUGUGAAGUUGGUACGGAUGGCAGCCACCCAAAUUGACAGCCUAUGUCCACAGGUUAUAAAUGCUGCGCUCACUCUGGCCGCGCGGCCCCAAAGCAAGGUGGCCCAGGACAACAUGGACGUGUUCAAGGACCAGUGGGAGAAGCAAGUACGCAUUCUGACUGAAGCAGUGGAUGACAUCACAUCUGUAGACGACUUUCUCUCUGUGUCAGAGAACCACAUCCUUGAGGACGUCAACAAAUGUGUAAUUGCCCUGCAAGAGGGAGAUGUGGACACUCUCGACCGAACUGCUGGAGCCAUUCGUGGACGAGCUGCCCGUGUGGUCCACAUCAUUAACGCUGAGAUGGAAAACUACGAACCUGGGGUCUACACCGAGCGCGUGCUGGAGUCCAUCAAGCUCCUGUCAGAAACCGUGAUGCCACGUUUUGCUGAACAGGUGGAAGUAGCGAUCGAGGCGCUGAGCACAAAUCCCCCACAGCCCUUUGAGGAGAACGAAUUCAUUGAUGCAUCUCGUUUGGUCUACGACGGCGUCCGUGACAUCAGGAAAGCUGUCCUUAUGAUACGGGUGGGUUCGUCCAGAGCAUUCACUGAAUUUCACCCAGAUAUCCUACAUCCACUGCCAAUUAGCCAUAACUCACAGUUGCAGUUGAGUUUGUAUUAUGAUAUCAUUUUAUCAGAACCAGCAAUCUGGGCUUUGCUCCCCAUGUGUAUUGUUAAGCCCUUGACCCUGUCGCUGGUUCACCUCUUCUACUUCCUUGGACUUUUGAGAGAUACCAACCCUUACAGAACCACCUACUUGUCCUACUUACUAAAGUCCUUAAACUUGCCCAGGGAUGUGUUUGCGUAUAAACUUUAAAGACUAAAUUAAAAGUUGCUGCCA